GUCAUUGUGUGCGGCUGGUAGUUUGUGUGCAGUUUAUCGUCCCUGCGACAGAAAAUGCCGGAGUUAGCGGUGGAAAACGUGGUGGUUCACCCGCUGGUGCUGCUCAGCGUGGUCGACCACUUCAACAGGAUAGGGAAGGUUGGCAACCAGAAACGAGUGGUUGGCGUCCUCCUGGGAUCCUGGCACAAAAAAGUUCUUGACGUCUCAAAUAGUUUUGCAGUGCCAUUCGAUGAGGAUGACAGGGACGACUCUGUGUGGUUCCUGGACCAUGACUACCUGGAGAACAUGUAUGGCAUGUUCAAGAAAGUUAAUGCCAGAGAAAGAAUAGUUGGAUGGUACCACACAGGACCCAAAUUACAUAAGAAUGACAUUGCCAUCAAUGAACUCAUCAAGCAGUACUGUACCAAUUCGGUGUUAGUCAUCAUAGAUGUGAAGCCCAAAGAUCUUGGUCUACCCACAGAAGCUUACAUCUCCGUGGAGGAAAUACACGACGAUGGCACACCAACAUCCAAGACAUUUGAACAUGUCACCAGUGAGAUUGGAGCUGAGGAAGCGGAGGAAGUAGGAGUGGAGCACCUUCUCAGAGAUAUCAAAGAUACCACAGUGGGCACUUUGUCUCAACGCAUUACAAACCAGGUUCACGGCCUAAAGGGACUCAACUCAAAGCUCAUGGACAUCCGCUCCUACCUGGAGAAAGUGACUGCAGGGAAACUUCCCAUCAACCAUCAGAUCAUCUACCACCUGCAGGAUGUCUUCAACCUGCUGCCAGAUGUGAAUUUACUGGAGUUCACAAAAGCCUUCUACCUGAAGACCAACGACCAGAUGCUGGUGGUCUACCUGGCCUCACUCAUACGCUCGGUGGUGGCCCUGCACAACCUCAUCAACAACAAGAUUUCGAACCGAGACGCAGAAAAGAAGGAGGGACAGGAAAAGGAGGAAGGCAAGAAAGAGAAGAAAGAUGACAAAGAGAAAAAAGAUGACAAAGACAAAGACAAGGAAAAGGAAAAGGAAAAGGAGAAGGGAGAUGGUGCCAAGAAAGAUGAGAAGAAGAAAAAAUGAGAGUUCUUCCUUUUAAGUCUUCUCUCAAAUCACGUCAUCUUCAUCUGGAUGUUGCUCUACUUUGUGCCCACAGCCACAGCUCUGUAUGUGGGUCUCAGGCUAAAAGUAGAGCUCUAUAUGGGGAAUGGUGUCAUUUGAGAUUUGACCUCACGGUCACAAGUGGCACUCAUAAAGACUCUUAUUAUCGUACAGAGAUGAUGAUGUUUGCUUCUUUGGCGUUCUGAACUAUAAGAACACGUUAACUGUUUUUGUAGUUGCCCAUCCUCCUGGUGUUGUACGACACCUGGUGUUGCUUUUUUUGUAAGAUGGAGAAAUGUUUUUUUUUCCUGUAUCACUUAUUAAAUUGGAAUCCUAUUCGAA